UAUAUACUUACUUUAUUAACUGUCAUCAAACGCAUCGUGUGCUCCGCCGCUCGUUUCUUUUUCGGUCUGAAGUUUGAAGCUCUGAUGGCGGAGCCCGCGGACUCCGGCGGUGGAGCUGCAGAGCGGGGCCCCGUGGCGCGGGUAACGGAGAUCCGCUGCCCCGCGGGAGCGCGUCCGAUGCGGCUGCUCGAGUGGAAGGUGAAGCCCGGGAUUCUGGUGAACGUGGACUCCGUCAUCGCAGUUUGUGCGCCGGUCGCCGCCGAGAGCGAGUCCCGAGCGGCGGAGAGGAAGCUGAAGUCAGACCGCGCGGGAGCAGUGCGGGAGCUGUGCUGUAAGCCCGGACAGGUCCUCGCGCCCGGGAGUGUAAUAGCAAAAGUGGAAGAAUGCAGUCAUCCUGUUGUAAUGAAGGGCUUGUGUGCCGAGUGUGGCCAGGACUUAACACAACUACAGAGCAGGAAUGGAAAGCAGCAGGCGACCGUUUCUAUGGUGCACAGUGUUCCUGAGCUGAUGGUCAGCUCUGAGCAAGCGGAGCAGCUCGGCCGAGAGGACCAGCAAAGGCUUCACAGGAACAGGAAGUUAGUGCUGAUGGUGGAUCUGGACCAAACACUGAUCCACACCACUGAACAGCACUCCCAGCGCAUGUCCAACAAGGGAAUCUUUCAUUUCCAGCUGGGACGGGGGGAGCCUAUGCUUCAUACACGACUGAGGCCUCACUGCAAAGACUUUCUAGAGAAGAUCGCCAAACUCUACGAGCUGCACGUCUUCACCUUCGGCAGCCGUUUAUACGCUCACACCAUUGCAGGUUUUUUAGACCCUGAAAAGAAGCUGUUCUCUCAUCGCAUCAUGUCUAGAGAUGAAUGCAUUGACCCCUUCUCUAAGACGGGCAACCUCAGAAAUUUGUUCCCCUGUGGAGACUCCAUGGUGUGCAUCAUAGACGACCGAGAGGACGUGUGGAAGUUCGCUCCUAACCUCAUCGCAGUGAGGAAGUACAUCUACUUCCAGGGCACCGGGGACAUCAACGCCCCACCGGGCUCACGAGAGGCCCAGAUGGCCAGAAAAGGGAACCAGGCUGGACGGCCUGCAGAGAGCUUGGGAUCGUCAGGACAGGAGGAACAGAGAAACGGACUCAGGAAAUCCAGCAAGGGCCGAAAAACCGGACAUGAGGAGUCGUCCCCCUCUGCCACCGCCAUUCAGGGAACAUCAGCCAAUGAGAGGACUCGCCCCAAAGGGGAACGGCCCAAUGACAGCACAGAUUUAACUGACAAGUGUAAUGUGAAAGCACAGGGGGAGGGCAGCUCAGGUGUGACUUGUACCUCAGGUGAGACUAACACCCCUACUGCUGCUGCUGCCAAAGACCUGGAUUUUGACCUUUCGAGCGACAGCGACAGCGAGGGUAAAACAGGAUUAUCUGACAGCGAUGGCGAAGGACGGCUGGUGGAUGCUGGAAUAGCCAAACAAAGCCAAACAAAAACAGAGGAGUCUAAAAGCAAAGAGGAUGGUGGGGAAGGGGACAAACAGAGGACAAAGGGUGACGAUAUCCCAGAAACAGAUCCCGAGGAUCUCAGUGGUUUGGGCAAUGGCUGUUCAGAAAAGAAAGAAGUGGAAACUGAGUCUCAAAACAGUGAGCAGUCGAGCAACACAAUGGGUGAGGAGUCUAUAGAUCACAGUAUGGAGGAUAAGGACGAUGAGGAAGAGGAAGACAUGGACCAGGACGAUCAUCUGAUUUACUUGGAGGAGGUUUUGGUUCGCAUCCACAGAGAGUAUUACUCGCGUUACGAGGCCUUUCUCAGGAAAGAGAGUCCAGAGAGUCCGGACAUUCGGAAGAUCAUUCCCGAACUGAAGGGCCGCACGCUGGCAGGCACCACAGUCAUCUUCAGCGGCCUGUAUCCCACCAACUACCCAAUAGAGCGCACGAGGGAGUGGUACCACACCAAGGGACUGGGUGCCAAGCUUGGAAAGACCCUCGUGCUCGAUUCCAAAGACCCAAACCGCACCACUCACCUUAUUGCUGCACGCGCAGGUACCGAGAAAUUUCGCCAAGCUCAGGGCUGUAAACAUCUCCAUGUGGUGAAUCCUGAUUGGUUGUGGGCCUGUUUGGAGCGCUGGGAGCGAGUUGAGGAGCAACUCUUUCCUCUCAAAGAGGACUAUAACAAAUCACACAGGAGCAAUAGUCCCGCCAUGUUUCCAGACAUCCCCGGAUCCGUCCCGAAGCCUCUGUUCCAGGCCCCUCCUGUUCAGCAGAAGCUCCUGCCAGCGCCGGAAAUGCGGACAUAUGACCCCGUCACCGGCAAACUGAUCCGCCGGGGUCCUCAGGUCUCCCGUCCACCCUCUUAUCUGCACUCGCAUGGAUCGUCCAUGUCAGCCAAGGGAGAUCUGUCCAGCCGCAGGUCAGCUCAGGGGUCUCAGCGGACUGAUGAGGCUGCAGGAUCGAGUCCUGACGAUGAGCAGCCAGGACCAUCCCGCAGGGAACGCCAGCCCAGCAUGUCUGAAACCAUGCCGCUCUACACACUCUGCAAAGAAGACCUGGACAGCAUGGACAAAGAGGUGGAUGACAUCCUUGGGGAAGAGAGUGACAAUGAAAGUGAGGGAAAAGGGAAAGAGGAGAGGAUGGAGGUAGAGGAAGAGGAAGAGCGGCCCAACACAAGCAAGCAGAAGGCCCCAGCAUCAGAUCACGUCCCGCCACUGGCCACUGUUGUUGAGGAAGCAGCCCAAACAUCGACCAGAGAAGAAGUCUGUGUAACAGGGAAUGUGCCAAGGGGCCACAAAAGGAAACUGGAGGAGGCCAGAGAAGAUGACGCUGAUUAUGAUGAUGAUGAUGACGAUGGUGGCUCCGGUAAAGACUCCAAUGAGGAGGGCAGCAGCUCGGAGGCUGAUGAGAUGGCCGCUGCGCUGGAGGCGGAGCUAAAUGAUUUCAUCUGAGCUGACUGGACGUUGAUACAAAUGAACUAUUCUGUGUUACCUGAGACAAAACAUGCGUUCGUGUCGCUGUUAUACAGCGCAAGUAAGUGUGUGUGUGAAUAAAACGAAUGGGUUUACAAAGUA